AUGGACACGACUCAAAUCGAUAGAGAUAUUGACGCUCUCCUGUCCCUCCGAUCAAGGACAUCCAAGGCCAGGACUUCCAAGCUGAAAGGCCAAAAGGCUUCUGGAAGUCGUAGGACAUCACAAUCCUCAUCCUCGUCGCGUCAUUUGCCAGCAACUUCGAAAAAGACCAAGCCGAUCAUUGACGACACCAAAUUCACUGAGGUCUGCGAGGUUGACGAGGUUGAACGAGCUGGGGAUGAGACUCCGUGGAGUUGGCGUCACCUGCGACAGGCCCACCGAGACGGUAUCAACGAGGCGAUUCGCGCAAGCAAGACGGCGGUACAAUUGGAAUUUACGUUUAAAGCAUUCAUGAGCGGCGUUCGAGACAGCCUUGCCGAUAUGUAUCCAGAUGGAGGUUUCAAAGAGGUGCUCGGCGAGAGAGAAGACGAGGUCCUCAAGGGCCUUGAAGACUGUCGGAAACACCUGGAAGUUAUCCGUGUUCAGCUCGAACUUGCGAUUAGGUGGGGAAGAUUGAUCAAGCCUUUGGGUAACGCUUAG